UCAGUCUUCGGGUGGCGCUGGCCAUUGGCGGACAGAAUGGGGGCGGGGCCUGAGGUCGUCGCCGGCACUGCCUGUGGAUAAGGCCCCCACCUACUUCAAAAUGACGCUGGACGUGGGGCCGGAGGACGAGCUGCCCGACUGGGCUGCGGCCAAGGAGUUUUACCAGAAGUACGACCCUAAGGACGUCAUUGGCAGAGGAGUGAGCUCUGUAGUCCGCCGUUGCGUUCAUCGAGUUACUGGCCGUGAGUUUGCGGUGAAGAUCAUGGAGGUGACAGCUGAGCAGCUGAGUCCUGAGCAGCUGGAGGAGGUGCGAGAAGCCACGCGGCGAGAGACACACAUCCUUCGCCAGGUCGCCGGCCACCCCCACAUCAUCACUCUCAUCGAUUCCUACGAGUCUUCUAGCUUCAUGUUCCUGGUGUUUGACCUGAUGCGGAAGGGAGAGCUGUUUGACUAUCUCACAGAGAAGGUGGCCCUCUCAGAAAAGGAAACCAGGUCCAUCAUGAGGUCUCUGCUGGAAGCAGUGAGCUUUCUCCACGCCAACAACAUUGUACACCGAGACCUGAAGCCUGAGAAUAUUCUCCUAGAUGACAAUAUGCAGAUCCGACUUUCAGAUUUUGGGUUCUCCUGCCACUUGGAACCUCACGAGAAGCUUCGAGAGUUGUGUGGGACUCCAGGGUAUCUAGCACCAGAGAUCCUUAAGUGCUCCAUGGAUGAAACCCACCCAGGCUACGGCAAGGAGGUCGAUCUCUGGGCCUGUGGGGUGAUCUUGUUCACACUCCUGGCUGGCUCGCCACCAUUCUGGCACCGACGCCAGAUCCUGAUGUUACGCAUGAUUAUGGAGGGCCAGUACCAGUUUAGUUCACCUGAGUGGGAUGACCGUUCUGACACUGUGAAAGACCUGAUCUCGAGGCUGCUGCAGGUGGAUCCUGAGGAACGCCUGACAGCUGAGCAAGCCCUACAGCACCCAUUCUUUGAGCGCUGUGAAGGCAGCCAACCCUGGAACCUCACCCCCCGCCAGCGGUUCCGGGUGGCAGUGUGGACAGUGCUGGCUGCUGGACGGGUGGCCUUAAGCAUCCACCGUGUACGGCCGCUGACCAAGAGUGCACUGUUGAGGGACCCUUAUGCGCUGCGGCCAGUGCGGCGCCUCAUUGACAGCUGUGCCUUCCGGCUCUAUGGACACUGGGUGAAGAAGGGUGAGCAGCAGAACCGGGCAGCCCUCUUCCAGCACCGGCCCCCAGGGCCUUUUCCCAUGAUGGGCCCUGAAGAGGAGGGGGACUCAGCUACUAUCACUGAAGACGAGGCCAUGCUGGUGCUGGGCUAGUACUUCAGCCCUGAGGAAUCCCAGGAAGCAGAACUCUCCAGGAGGAGGAUUUUUAUCAUUCCAGCCCCUCUGGGCUCUGGUCUCAGGCCCCCAUGCCUGGCCAGGCCUGCCACUGAUCAAAGUAUCAGAGACCAGCCCUGUACACCUACCCACACUGGCCAAGGCUUUGAGAUCAGAGCUGAGGUGGAAGAGAGCCACCCAGAGUGCCAUGCCUGGCCUUAUCCAUGCUGCCUGUGCCACGUAUGCAAUAAAAUCUGCUACACGUCA